UGCACAAAAUCACACUCUCUCUCUCACACACACACACAUAUAUAUACAUAUGCCAUACAUCAGCUACAAAUUACCAAUAGAAUUUCCUCACACUCAACCUCUAAACUCUACCAAAUGGAAGUUAGAACCUUGUUUUCAUGUGGGGCAUUAGGAACCUUCCUCCUCUUCUUCUGUUCUUUCCCUUUGCUCGCUUUGUCAGACUCAGCUCAUGAAAAUUCCCCUAAACUUCUUUCAAGACGUUUAUUAACUACAACGCCUCGUAGCAUAGUGGAACAAUAUUUAGUACCCCACAACCUUGAGAGAGAAAAGCUAGGACUCCCUCCUCUUAGAUGGAGCAAGAAGCUUGCAAAUUUUGCUUCAUCCUGGGCUCAUCAGCGACAAGAAGAUUGUGCACUGAUUCAUUCGAAUAGCGAUUACGGCGAGAAUUUGUUUUGGGGCAGUGGCAAGGACUGGAAAGCUGGUGAUGCUGUUGCUGCUUGGGCUGAAGAGAAAGGUGACUACAACUACAAGACAAAUACAUGUGCUCACAACAAGGAUUGCCUCCAUUAUACCCAGAUAGUUUGGAGGCAAAGCUUGAAGGUUGGUUGUGCAAGAGUUGCUUGCAGAAGUGGAGAUACAUUCAUCACGUGUAACUAUGAUCCUCAUGGCAAUGUCAUAGGCCAAAAGCCCUUCUGAAUCAGAUAAGUUUGCACAUAAUUUCCUCUGUCAGAAGGCAAGCAUUUCACUUCAUCAGAACUGAAGCAUUCUGUUCAGUAGCUAGUUAAUUAAAGGGGAACCCUGAGUUUUGUCCCUAAUCUUUAACACAGUCCUCAAUUUAGUCCCAAAAGGAGUUUAUAAAUUAGGUCCCUAAUGUUUUUUGGGUCCUAUUUUCCUUGUCUGAUUGUAUUUUUCAUUUAAUGUACAUAUUUUAUGAAAUAAAAUUAUACCA